CGUAUGUCAUUGUCAAAGUACAAAAACCACAAUACUUGGUUUUGGCGCCUUUUUUCUUGCAAGUCUUUCAAAAGUCUUUCUUUUAUUCAUAAUUACCGCACUGAUAGUAUUUCUUUUUCUUUCACAACCUGUUGAUAAGAAACAUGAACUUGGUUUAACGUGAACCAGUUGUAAAUUCGGUUAUAGGGAUAAAGUAUAUCCAAAAAUGCCUGUGCAAAGUGGUAGUGUUCUUGUAAAUUUACAAAAAAAUGCUGAAAAAAUUGUUUCACCUGCUGGUAAAACUAAGUCUCCUUCUCAAGUUGCUACGAGGAGGUCUCCACGCAAUGGCAAUCAACAGAAGAUCACUACUAUGUUCCCCUCCAAAAGGAAUAGGAGCCCUGAUGGAAAUGAAAUUACUCCAAAAAAACUUAAAUAUGAUGGUGACGAAUCUAAGGAAAACAGUGUAGAUAAUAUAACUGAAGAUAAUAAAAACAGCGAAAACUUAAAAGUUGAAGUAGGUAAAAGUUGUGUAGAUGCUGCAAUAAAUGAAGAUGAUUCUAAAACUUUCAAAAAUGAUGAAGAAACUAGUUCAAAAACCGAAGUCGAUGAAAUUUCUGACACACAAGAUUCGCCAGACGGUGACAACAAAAUGGAUGAUCAGAUGCAAAUCCAAAAACAGGAUGGCUCCGAACAAGAACCAAAAGAAAAUGGCAAAUCUGAAAAUGAAUUGGCUAGUGCUCAAAAGUCUCUUCCGGAUAAUGAAAAAUGUAACAUCUGCAGUCAAUUUUUAAACAAUUCUGACCUAAUAUAUUAUCAAGGACACCCUCAGGACGCUGUUGAAGAGUACAUUGCAUUGACUAAUGAAAAACUUGUCCUAGCAUCAGGUGACGAUGGAGAUAUUAUGGAGCGACCACAGACCAAUAUCACAAGUUUUUCUAUAUUUGAUGAACAGGGUCAUCUAUGCCCGAUAGAUGGUGGUCUUGUUGAAAAUGACGUGCGAAUCUACAUGUCUGGGUAUUUGAAAUCGAUAUGUUCCGAUUCAACUGAAAUUGAUGAGGAGUCAGUUCCUGUCAAAGAUGUUGGCCCCAUCAUUGAAUGGUUCAUACAUGGCUUUGAUGGCGGUAACAGGAAUUGUAUCACCUUGUCAACAGAAUUUGGAGAAUACAAUUUGUUAAAGCCAAGUGAACAGUAUACACCUCUUAUGAAUAACCUAUAUGAGAAGAUAUGGCUUAGUAAAGUUGUUGUUGAAUAUUUAGAAGAGUAUCAUUAUCUUCAGCCCUCUUAUGAGGAGUUGCUAGAAGUUAUAAGAGAGUCGAGUAUUCCUGAAUUAAAUGAUAUGAAAAUGACUGAAGAAAUGCUUCACAAGCAUGCUCAGUUUGUAUGUGAUCAAGUACUAAGCCUAGAAGCUGAUGAAGAUGAUGCACCUUUAAUUACAUUACCAUGCAUUAGAGAAUUAAUUAAGCUCAUGGGUAUAAAAUUCGGCAAACGUAAAUUCCGCACUAAAAUUGAUUACAAAAAGGUUGACAAAAAGGCUUGGACUAAAGCUACGACGACCCCCCUUGUUAGGAAAACAUUUGAAAGCUUUUUUACAAAUCAAUUGGAUAAAACUAAUCAUGAGUUGGUUCUAAGAAGAAAACGAUGUGGCGUUUGUGAAGCAUGUCAACUACCGGAUUGUGGUGAAUGCAAUGCUUGUCGAGCGAUGGCUAAGUUUGGUGGUCAUGGCCGCACUAAAAAAGCCUGCGUAAGAAGAUUUUGCCCUAACAUGGCAGUAGAACAGGCAGAAGAUUCCGACCCAGAUGAUGAAGAGGAAUAUCAACAAAUGGCUGAAAAAAAACAACACGACAAGAUAGAGGAUACAGUUCCUGUCAAGUUAACUGGGUCAAAUAACAGGAAAAUUAAUUGGGUGGGCGAGCCUACUAAAUCUGAUGCCACUAAGGUGUAUUAUGAAAAAGUCGAGAUUGAUGGAGCAGAGCUGUGUAAUGGCGACUUUGUAAUGGUCGAAACUUCUCAACCCAAUAUUCCUGCUUUGGUUGCCAGGGUUGUUUACAUGUGGAGAGAAACGAUUAAUUCUAAAUCAGGGUAUUGCCAUGCAGAAGUUUUUAUAAGAGCUUCAGAUACCGUUCUAGGUGAGGUUAGUGACCCCAGGGAAGUGUUUUUAGCAGACAGAUGCUGUCAUGGUGCUCCACUUUCAUCAAUAUUAAGGAAAGCCUGUGUUGAAAAAGGAGAGAUUCCUGAUGAUUGGUUCAAAUUAGGUGGUAAGGAAGUAGAUGACAAACACUUUGAUGAUGAUGGUAAAACAUAUUUUUACAAUAAAUAUUACGAAAGGUUUACAGCGCGAUUCGAAGAUUUACCUAAAGACCCUAUUUGUCCUAAUCCGCUAAGACAACACCGCUUUUGUCCAUCCUGUGAGAGAAAAACUAGAAGGGAUGCUAAGAACAUACCUAAAGUAUUUGGAAAACUGUUAGAAAAAUCCAGUUUGGUGCCUGAAAACAGAACAGAGUGGACAUUAGUAAGGUGGCAAGAUCACGAUUACAAGAAAGGUUGUGGCGUGUUCCUCAAGCCAGGAACAUUCAAGUUGAAAAACACACUCACUAAUGCUAGCAGCAAUGUUAAACCAAAGUUAGAGAAAGUCGAUGAGGAUGUUUACCCUGAAUAUUACAGGAAGAGUGACAAUAACUUGCGCGGGUCGAACAUAGACACUGGGGAACCAUUCUGUGUUGGCUAUGUAGCAGCCGUCACUGCUGUAGGAGAGGGACCUUUAAUAGUUCCACAAGAUAUCUAUUUAAAAGUUAAUGUACUUUAUAGACCUGAAAACACGACUAGCAGAUUUCCUCAACAUGAAGACGUUAAUGUGGUCUAUUGGAGCGAAGAAAUUCGUGACGUGCCUUUUUCUGCAGUUGUAGGACCAUGUCAUCUAAUUUAUGAACAAAAUGUUCCACCACAAUAUACCUUGGCCGAAUGGCUAGAGAGAGACCCAAGUCGGUUUUACUUUAGAAUGGCUUUUGAUAAAUCCAAAGGUCAGUUUGUAGAUGUGCCACAUCACGCUGUAAGUGUUGGACGCACUGAACGCGGCAAAGACAAAGGAAAGGGUAAAGGAAAGUCUAGUAAGCCUGUAGAAGCAACUGAAAACAAAUUGGAACAAAUUUCGGUACGACCACUUAGAACUCUCGAUGUGUUUGCUGGAUGCGGUGGAUUAUCAGAAGGCUUACACCGGGCCGGUGUCGCCGAAUGCAGGUGGGCUAUCGAGAACGUGGAGGCUGCUGCACAUGCUUAUGCACUGAACAAUAAGAACUGCAUCGUUUUUAAUGAAGAUUGUAAUGCGCUCCUGAGGGAAGUAAUGUCUGGCGCCACGCACAGCACGGGCGGACAUCGCCUGCCCCAGCAGGGUGAAGUGGAACUGCUGUGCGGCGGGCCCCCGUGUCAAGGUUUCUCUGGAAUGAACAGGUUCAAUUCGAGAGAGUAUUCUAAUUUUAAAAACUCUCUAGUAGCUUCAUACUUAUCGUACUGUGAUUUUUAUCGGCCGAAAUAUUUUAUACUGGAAAACGUAAGAAACUUCGUGGCUUUCAAGAAAGGCAUGGUUUUGAAACUAACCUUGAGGGCACUACUCGACAUGGGAUAUCAGUGCACGUUCGGUAUCUUGCAAGCUGGCAACUAUGGGGUUCCACAGACGAGACGAAGGCUGAUUAUCCUGGCAGCCGCCCCCGGGUACAAGCUGCCGAGCUAUCCGGAACCCACGCACGUGUUCAGCAGACGUGCGUGCUCUCUCACUACAACCAUAGACGGUAAACGAUUUGGUACAAACAUUCACUGGGACGAAUCUGCUCCCCGGAGAACGUGUACCAUACGAGACGCUAUGAGCGAUCUUCCUCGAAUAUGCAAUGGUGCAAACAAAAUUGAAAUCGAAUAUGGAUCCAUGCCUGAAAGCCAUUUCCAACGCCUGGUCAGGAGCAAAGACGAAAACGCUAAGCUUCGUGACCACAUUUGCAAGAACAUGGCGCCAUUAAUUCAGGCGAGAAUAUGCAGAAUACCGACCACACCAGGUUCGGAUUGGAGAGAUCUGCCGAAUAUAUCGGUGACACUGUCGGAUGGAACUAAAUGCAAGGUGCUGCAGUACCGUUACGACGACCGUCGGGCGGGGCGGUCAGCAGGCGGCGCCCCGCGCGGCGUGUGCGCGUGCGCGGCGGGCGGCGCGUGCAGCCCGCACGACAAGCAGGAGAACACGCUCAUCCCCUGGUGUCUGCCGCACACCGCCAACCGGCACAACAACUGGGCCGGCCUCUACGGUCGUGUUUGCUGGGACGGCUACUUCAGCACCACGGUGACGGACCCCGAGCCAAUGGGCAAGCAAGGCCGAGUGCUUCACCCGGAACAGAACCGCGUCGUGUCGGUGCGCGAGUGCGCCAGGUCUCAGGGCUUCCCAGACACCUAUGUGUUCGCCGGCUCCAUACAAGACAAACACCGACAGGUUGGGAAUGCUGUGCCGCCGCCUUUAGGGGCCGCUUUGGGAAGAGAGAUAAGGGCAGCAUUAGCUUCCAGUAUAGCAACAUAAACAAUUAUUGUAAAAUAGCUAUUAGACGAACUUUUCUAGUACAUCAUGUUGAAGUAAUGAUAUUAUGUAAGUUUGUUUCCUUCUACAGUUUUGAUACAAUCAUGACUUAUGUUAUAGUUUACUAUGUUUAUGACCAAUACAUUAAUAAAAAAUAAAAUAUUA